CUUUGCCGGAAAUUCAAAGUAUUAAGGGUUAGAGUCGGUUCAUAAUCUGUGGGAGUGGGGAUUGUCAGCGGAUUUGGCAAAUAUACAAUGGCAGAUGAUAAGGAUGAAUUGAAAACUGAAGUUGUGGAAGAUGAAGAGGUAGAGGAGGUGGACUAUAAACCUCCACCAGAAAAGUCACUGAAAGAAAUAGUAGAGGCUGACUUAGGAGAUGAAAGUUUGAGGAAAUAUAAGGAAGCUUUACUAGGAGAGGCAACAAAAGAAGCAAUAAUUUUAGAGCCUGAUAAUCCAAAUAGGGUUCUAGUGAAGAAACUUGCGUUAGUUGUUGAAGGAAGACCCGAUUUAAUCCUUGAUCUUUCAGGUGAGCAUCAGUCACUUAAGCAGUAUGUUGGAAACCAUUUUCAGUUGAUGGGUUGGAAUACUUUAUUAAAUAUGUUACAGAAGUUUGAAGUGGAAAUUAGUAUAUUAAAUACUACAUUAAUGGAGAUUCCUUCCUUUUCAGUGGAGAAAAUAGCUCAAAUGGUUGGCAGUUAUGCACCAAAGCCAGAGAUACAGUCAUUCAUGACCCAGCAAGAAGAAAUGCCAUCAGGAAUGUUAGCACGUGGCAAAUACACUGUUAGAUCACUGUUCACAGAUGAUGACAAGAAUGAACAUCUUAAGUGGGAAUGGACCUUUGAGUUAAAGAAGGACUGGGAUUAAAAGUAUUAAUGGCCAUUCAUUUUUCCCGAGACUUCUGUAGUUACUGAAUCAUGUUUUGUUUUGUGAUGUACACACAGUUUAAAUUUAACUCGAUUGCCAUUGCUGAACUUUUGCAGAAUAAGAUGUGUUUGCAUCAAAUGCAAACAAAAAAAGUUUCUGAACGUUAUUUAAAAACCUUCUAGUUUUUGAUGGUACAGAAGUAACAUUCUGGUUGAUUGUAGUAAAUUAUCAAAAGGGAGCUUUUAAUUUUCAGUGUAUUCUAUAGGGUUAAAUGAUUCUGUGAUUUUGAUAUUUAGAUUCAAUAAUAAUUAAGACUUAGUGCCUUACCAUAAUUACAUUUUACUGGGAACAUCUUUGAAAUAUUUAGGAGAAUAACAUGAGCAGAAAUCUGUGAUUGGGUUAUUUUUAAUCACUAUUGAUUGUUAUUUUUUUUCCUUCUAAAAUCUUGCCUAACAGAAAUUAUUUUUGUGUUAUGGAAAGCAGUGCAUUUUAAUAUAAUAAUGAGUAUUUACUUUAGAUUUUGAAAAUAUUUUUUUAUAACCAAAUUGUUUAAGAAAAAUGAAUUGUCACUUCCAUUCAACUAAAACAAGUUCCAUAGAAUUAGAAAACUUACUUUUUAUUAACCAUGUUAUUUUUUAUACAGGUUCAGUGAAAAAAAUACCUUUGGAAGAAACAAUGUUUUUAUGUACAGGAAUUUCAUUUUUGUUCCAUUGUAUUUGUUUAUUAGUGUAAGAGAGAAUUAUGAAAAAGCACACACAUUGAGUUUUCUGGAGGAUCACUAAAAUAUUUUGGAGUAGAGAACAGACUGCUUAGAAUCUUAGUCAGUAAACUCGUAUGCUUAUGAAAAAAUAUUUAAUAUUUUUGCUCAAAUGCAUUUUGUCAGGUUUUGUAAGACAAUCUAAUUUAAUUGGAAUUUAUGGCAUUUGGGGUGAAUCUUUUAUUGUUCAGUUCGUUUUUUUAUGUUAAAAAGGUUAGCUAUUAUAGGAGUGAUACUCCACACAUUUACUUAAAACAUAAGUAAACAUAAAAUAUGUUCUUAUUGAAGAUUCUUGCAAUAUUUAUAUUUAUAUACUUUCAAAAAAAACCUCCAAAUAAUAAUGUAGCAGUAAAAUUAAGGUGUAUGGCUCGGGUUUUGUCAUUAAAACAAUUUUCUACGCUUUGAAAUUUUUAUAACCUUUUAGAAGUAAAAACGUAUUUUGAAAGUAGUUAUUAAUGAAAAUUCAUAAACUUUUGUUAAACAAAUUUCUUCAAACCAGUGAAAUAAACAUAUACUGAAGUUAA